GUCCCUAAACCCCAGACAGAGAAGAGAAGACCGGCAUUUUUUUGCUGGAAAAUCUUCAAUCUCUUCCCAAGACGAAAAUCCCAAUUCAGUUUCUCUCAAGCUUCCUCAAUGGCUCCGUUAAUUCGACCUUUGAGAAAGCCCCUUCUUUCUCUGUCAUCAUCAUCAUCUUCUUCUUCCAAAAUUCUUGCUUCACAACUUGAAGAACAACAAAGACCACGAAUCUCUCUGUUAAACCCUAAAUUCUCAUCAGCGCAAUCCCCAAGAACUUACAUUUCGGAAAUGCGAAGAUCCACUUUCGAGGGAAACCUCCUCAGGCUUCUUCGCAAUGAGAUCCGUUACGAACUCGACCGCUCUCCUCUCAACCAGCCAGUUACAAAAUUUGAGUCGUUUUCAGUUGAUGAUCGGCCUGGAGAAAAAUGGAUUAGCUUGACUAGGAAAUUCGGAGAUAAGGAAGACAUAAAAAUCGAAGCGACAAUGCCUGAUGGAGCUCUCCCUGGUCCAGAUUCCGGUGCUGUGGAUGCUGCAGAAGGAGAUGUGAAUCUUCACAUUACCCUGAUUGUCAACAUCUCCAAGGAAGGAAGUGAUAAUGUGUUGGAAUUUUUGUGUUCAGCUUGGUCGGAUGGCCUAGAGGUUGAGAAGCUUUCCAUCCGAAAAUGCGACAAUGUCCUAGAUAAGCCUUACGGUGGCCCUGAAUGCAAGGAUUUGGAUGAUCAACUAGAUGAUGCAAUUCUUGAAUUCUUGGAAGAGAGGGGCAUAAAUGAUGAACUUGCUGCUUUUGUGCACGCGUACGUGAAGAACAAAGAGAAAACCGAGUUUAUUAGAUGGAUGGAAACUGUGAAAUCUUUUAUUGAAAGAAAGUAAGAAGGAAGUGGAGUUUUGGGCUGAGGAUUUGAUUUUAUAUAGACUUUUGCUUGUGUUGGUCAAUGGAAAUUCAACCUGGAUGCAACUUCUAGCAUUGCAUGUGAUUUUGACCGGUUGUAAUGCCAUAGACUUGUGUAAAAUUUGACGAAGAAAUUUAAUAGCUUUCAUUAUUACCUUUGAAAAAAA